CUGCGCCCACCACCCCCCGCCGGCCUCCCCCUGGUGCGCUCCGCGCGCAGUCCUGUCUGGGCUGCAUAAAGAGUGCGCUCGCGGGGCGCUCUAGUGGGGAGUGCUAUGAUUCCGCCACUGGCGGUUCGCGCUGCUGGCGCUGUUCCUCCGGGCACAGCUGCCUGCCCCUAUAAGCCCUGUAGCAGUGUGUGGGGUAAUCUAGCUUUUAACCUAUUUGCAGUCCCCCUGUUGCUGUUGUCUAUGCGCGGCGCUUUGUUGCAGCGCUUGUUGCAGAGGAUAAGCAGGCUGCGUUCUAGCUUUAGCUAGUUCUUUAAGCUCUGCUUAAGAAAGAUGUAGUAAAGAAGGAAAAGAGAGAAGAG